GGGACCUCAGCCAUGUCUUAAGAAUUGAAUCUGUGGAGUGCAUCAAUGCAUCAUAAUUCUUCCUGGUCUUGAGAGAUGACUCCUUUUGUCCUCCUGGCCAUCCUGUGUUUGGGAGUAGCCACAGCUGCUCCAUCAUCUGAUAUCAGUUUGGAUUCUGAAUGGCAGGAGUGGAAGACAAAAUAUGGAAAAAAGUACAGCCUGGAGGAAGAAAGACAGAAGAGAACAGUAUGGGAAGAAAACAUGAAACUGGUCAAACAGCACAAUAUGGAAUAUAGCCAAGGGAAGAAUGGCUUCACCAUGGAAAUGAAUGCCUUUGGUGACAUGACUGGUGAAGAAUUCAGAAAAAUGAUGACUGAUAUUCCAGUCCAGACUCUUAGGAAAAGGAAAAGUAUCCAGCAACGUAUGGUCAGUUAUGUCCCCAAAUUUGUAGAUUGGAGUAGGAGAGGCUAUGUGACUCCUGUGAAGAGACAGGGUAUAUGUAAUUCUUGUUGGGCUUUUUCUGUGGCUGGUGCCAUAGAAGGACAGAUGUUCCGAAAAACAGGCAGACUGGUCUCACUGAGUCCACAGAACCUUGUGGAUUGCUCUAGACCUGAAGGCAAUCUGGGAUGUUAUGAAGGGAAUACUUACUAUGCUUUAAAGUAUGUAAAGCAUAAUGGAGGUCUAGAGGCUGAGGCAACCUAUCCAUAUGAGGCAAAAGAAGGACGCUGCAGGUACCGUCCUGAACAUUCUGCUGCUAGAGUCACAGACUUUGUGUUCGUCUCAAAGAAUGAGGAAGCCUUAAUGCAUGCUGUAGCAACUAUAGGGCCCAUCUCUGUUGGAAUUGAUGCUAGACAUGAAUCUUUCAAGUUGUAUAGGGGAGGUAUUUAUUAUGAGCCAAAUUGCAAGAGUGAUGUCAUCAAUCACUCUGUUCUGUUAGUUGGGUAUGGCUAUGAAGGAAGAGAAUCAGAUGGCAGGAAAUAUUGGCUGAUAAAGAACAGGUAUAAAUUGCAAAUAUUAUUUAUAUUUAAAUUUCCAAAUGGACUUUCUGUUUGGAGUCAGAAUCUGGGUAAGAGUUAUUUUAUUUUGAUCAAUUGUAUAUGUGUAUGUAGUAUGCCUAUUUGCAUGUGUGUGUGAGCCAAUGCUGAUAUCAGUUGUUUUCCUUAGCUGUUCUCCUUUGAGGCAGCAGAUUUCACUGAUCUUAGAGUUUACUGUUUUGUGUAGUUGCUCAGCAAGCCCGCUGUAGGUAUGUCUUCACUUACAGUAUUUCAGGCAAGCUUCAGUGACUCCUGGCUUUAAAGAAAUUAUUAUUUUCACUCAUGUGAGGAUGUUUGUGUGAGUUUAUUCUACAUGUGAGCAGGUGCCCAGGGAGACCUGAAGAGGACAUCAGAUUUCCCCAAACUGUAGUUACAACAGGCUGUGAGCCGAUUGACUUGGUUGCUGGGAAAAGAACAAAGGCUCUGUAAAAAAGCCCCAUGUUCCUAGGCAUGGAUCCUUCUCCAGCCCCCAUCCUGGCUUUUAGUGGGAUCCUGGACUUGAACUUCAGUUCUUUCUAGUUUAUGGCCAGCACUUGACCCUUUGAACUUUCUCUAUGGCUGGAACAACCAGCUCAUAAUGUGUGAUCACAAUGUUCAGAUUCAGCUACCAGUUUCCUUGGGUGCUAAUAUCGUACUGGUGUCAUUGAUUUUUCUAAAAGCUAGCAUAUUUGUUAGCUCUGUGCCACGUGUGGAUGGAAAGAUGCCCUGCUUUUUCACUGCUAUGACUUUUACAGUCCUAUCUGAGACAAGUCUUGGUUCUUGGAAGUUGACAUUCUGCAUUUUCUGAUCA